GCCGACUCUUCACGAAGCGAGCAGAGCAGCACGAGUUUCACCUUGUUGCAAGCGCCAGCUGGACGCACACACAAACACACCGAGUGACACGCGCGCAGAGGACAACGGCUGCUCCACACUAAAAAAAAAAAAAGAAAAAAAGAAUAAACAGGAGAUGCCGAAAUACUGCUCGGUCCCAAACUGCAAGAAUGACUCCGGGAGCGGCAUCGAGAGGAGAAGCUUUUACCGGUUCCCCCUGCAGGACCCGGUCCGGCUGCAGCAGUGGCUGAAGAACAUGGGGCGUGAGAACUGGACUCCGUCUCGACACCAGUACGUCUGCAGUGAGCACUUCGCUCCGUCUUGCUUCAGAGUCAGAUGGGGGAUCCACUACAUCGAGAAGAACGCCGUGCCCACUCUCUUCCGGGACGCCGAGAAAAGGAAAGCGACGGAUUGCAGCGAGCAGAACCCAAAGCGGCAUCGAAACGAUCAAAGCGCGACGGCGUCAGAUGAUGGGACCACGGCGUCCGACGCCGUCGAUACCCAGAGUGCAUUGCACACGCUGCAUCUGUACAACGCCGCGGUGGAGUGUGGCGAUGUAGGCGAGUGUGACUCCUCCCUCCAGACCGACGCGGACGCUCUGCUGUCAGGGGCUGAACCGGAGGCGGGUCUUCACGUCCCUCUAGCUUUGUUCCAGAGGGAGGAGGAGCUCAGUAACGGCGAGGAGGACACAGGGGUGGUCCUGAUGUCCCAGUGUCCCGCCGGCGACGGGCAGGACGAGCUGGUCGGCGCCGUCACGGCUGCCAUUUUGACUCAGGGCCACAGGCUGGUGUUCAGCGACCCUGCAGACGAGGCCGUCGGCGGACUUGAGGAGGUCUCUUACGCUUCUCUGGGAGAACUGUCAGAGGAGACUCAAGUCAUCGCCUACUACGAGGCCACGCCCGCCGUCUUCCCCCCCGCCGCCGCGCAGUUCACCCUGUGCCCGGAAACGGUGCUGUCCUCCGCCCUGAGCUCCAAACCCAUCACGUCCACGCUGCCCAUCGUGUCCAAACACGUGGCGCCGUCCCCCGCCUCCCUCGUCCUCACCGUGGAGAGGGUGGAAGACGGGGACGGAGACAAGUCGGACGAGGAGGACGACGACGCGGAGCAGCAAGACCCGCAGCUGGAGGAACACUGUUACCACAAGAACAGCCUGAGCAAGGAGCAGCUGGAGGCCGUCGUGACGGAGCUGCAGAAGAAGGUGAAGGUGCUGCAGCAGCGGCACCGGCGCCACGUGGAGAAGCUGGCGGGCCUGGAGAACACGGUCAGCCAGCUGCGCCAGAGCAACCUGCUGAACGAGGAGCGGCUGCAGCUGCUGGAGCGGGCCUACCUGCAGACCAGUACCACCCUGCCGGACGGCGGCGAGACGGUGGCCAUCAUCUACGAAGAGGACGAUGCUGCAUAUCUGUAUACUCCACUCAACCAUAUAGAGGCUUAAAUGAAAUUG